AACUAAGUUUAAGAAACGAAAAGUAUGUUUCCGUCUUUAAUGUCGUAUAAGAACGUUUAUUCUUAAUUAGCUAUAUAUUUUAUUUUGAAAUUUAAAACCGGAAACUUCGAGUCUUUUCCUCUUUGUAGUUUGUGGAUUUCGUUGCGUUACCAACGUAGCGACCGGCGCGUUGGUAGAGUUUGACGUGGCACUCUGCUUCCACUGAGGGCAAUAUACAGUAAAGAGGACUCUGCCUACUAUUCAGGUUGUCAAGACUCAUUAAUCCGGGGAUGAGAAGACAGUAACAUACCUUUGGUCAAAAUGAGUCAACAGGGUUAUGUUGCUGCACCCCCAUACUCCCAAGCCCAGCCAGGGAUGGGGGGCUACCAAGGUGGAUUUGGAACUGGUCCUGCACAGCCCUUCUAUGGGCACUAUGGGGGACCGCCCCAGGCAUUCACUGCUCCACCAACAGGUAUGAUGAAAUCACCAGUUUCCUCUGCUGCCGGUAUGCCUCCACCCCCAGGGUCUGGUCAGUACAAUCCAAAUGGCCAUCAGAAUGGUGCACAUCAUCAAAGAUAUCCUGCUCCACCAGCUGUUUCUGCUUCUUAUGGACAACCUCUACAGUCCCAAUACAACAGCAUGGCCUCUCCAGCCCCGCCUCCAACGCAGCAGCUCACCAAUCAGAUGAGUGCAAUGAACUUCGGCAACUAUGCCUCAGGUUCCAUGCAGAGCCCUCCUCCUCCAGGAAGCUCUGUAGUCCAGCAGCCUUUCCAAACACCCCCUCCUUCAGCAAUGGGCCAGCCACAGAUGCCUCCAGGUCCGCAGUCACCCCACAUGUCCCCCCACAUGUCUCCACAACAGUCACCCCCAGGAAACAUGCAACUGGCAGGCCAACCAAUGACAGGCCCACCGAUGUCAGGCCAACCAAUGGCAGGCCCACCUAUGACAGGCAUGGGUAGACCCUUCCCUGGGCCACCUGCUCCAGGCCCCGGAGGUUUCCAGCAGCCUGGUCCUGGAGCACCAGGUCCACCAGGAUACCCACAGCAAGCAGGUCAGUUUGGGGGAAACAUGGGUGGGCCACAGCCAGGCAUGCCAGGAGCCUUCCCUGGAGCACCAGGCGGACUGGCGGGACCACCUCAGAAGAAACUAGACCCUGACUCUAUCCCCAGCAUAACUCAAGUCAUUGAGGAUGACCAAGGAAAACAAGGGGGAAAGGUCUACAGCACAAAUGUCAGAGGACAGGUUCCACCUCUGGUUACCACCGACUUCACAGUACAGGACCAAGGCAAUGCCAGUCCCAGGUUCAUACGCUGCACCACCUACUCCCUACCCUGCACUGCCGAUCUGGCAAAACAGUGCCAAGUGCCCCUGGCUUCCAUCAUUAAGCCCUUUGCCAAUUUGCAAAAGAAUGAGACUCCACUAUAUGUUGUGAACCAUGGUGAGACAGGCCCAAUCCGCUGCAAUCGAUGCAAGGCCUACAUGUGUCCCUACAUGCAGUUUAUCGAUGGGGGGCGUCGCUACCAGUGCGGUUUCUGCAACUGUGUCAAUGAAGUGCCAGUCUUCUAUUUCCAACAUCUUGACCACAUGGGCCGGAGGAUGGACUUGUACGAGAGGCCUGAGCUGUCCCUGGGAUCCUACGAGUUUGUAGCCACCAUGGAGUACUGCAAGAACAACAAGCCUCCAAAUCCUCCCGCCUACAUCUUUAUGAUUGACGUGUCCUAUAACAACAUUAAAAGUGGACUGGUCAAACUGAUAUGUGAUGAGCUGAAGACUCUACUGGAGAAUCUGCCCAGUGAGGAAGGUAUGGAGAGCUCUGCCAUUAAGGUGGGCUUUGUCACCUACAACAAGGUCCUCCACUUCUACAACGUGAAGAGCGCUUUGGCCCAGCCUCAGAUGAUGGUGGUUUCGGACACAGCGGAGAUGUUUGUCCCGCUGCUUGAUGGCUUCCUCGUCAACUAUCAGGACUCGAGGGCUGUUAUCUACAACCUCCUGGACCAAAUCCCUGAUAUGUUUGCAGACACCAACGAGAGUGAAACCGUCUUUGUUCCCGUCAUCCAGGCCGGUGUGGAGGCCUUCAAGGCAGCAGAAUGCAGUGGAAAGCUCUUCAUCUUCCACUCUUCCAUGCCCACAGCUGAGGCUCCUGGCAAACUGAAGAACAGGGAUGACAAAAAGCUGGUUAACACUGAAAAGGAGAAAACUCUGUUCCAGCCUCAGAAAGGAGUGUAUGAGCAGCUGUCUAAGGACUGCGUGGCACAGGGCUGCUGUGUGGAUCUCUUCCUCUUUCCCAACCAGUACAUGGACAUAGCAACCAUGGCUGAUGUGCCCUCGCACACUGGAGGCUCCGUCUACAAGUACAACAACUUCCAGGUGGAGACUGAUGGGGAGCAUUUUCUGAGAGACCUGAGAAAAGACGUGCGGAAGAACAUUGGAUUUGAUGCCAUCAUGCGCGUUCGUACAAGUACAGGUUUCAGAGCCACCGAGUUCUUUGGUGCCAUCCAUAUGAACAACACCACAGAUGUAGAGAUGGCAGCUGUGGACUGUGACAAGGCUAUAACCGUAGAGUUCAAGCACGACGACACGCUCAGUGAGGAGACAGGGGCACUCAUGCAGUGUGCCUUGCUGUACACCACCAUCAAUGGACAGCGACGUCUCCGCAUCCACAACCUCAGUCUGAACUGCAGCUUGCAGUUGUCGGAGCUGUACAAGAGCUGUGAGACCGACUCACUCAUCAACUUUUUCUCCAAAUCAGCUUGCCGUGCCAUAUUGAACCAGCCUCUAAAGAAUGUGAGGGAGAUCCUGGUCAACCAGACAGCCCACAUGCUGGCCUGUUACAGGAAGAACUGUGCCAGCCCCUCUGCUGCCAGCCAGCUGAUCCUGCCAGAUGCCAUGAAGGUGUUCCCGGUCUACAUAAACAGCCUUAUGAAAACUGCUCCCUUAGUCGGCAGCACCGAGCUGUCAACUGAUGACAGAGCCCAUCAAAGGCUGGCCAUCAUGGGCAUGGGGGUGGAGGAGACACAGCUGCUGCUCUACCCACGUCUUACCCCACUGCACAACAUGGACGUCAACAGCGAGGCUCUGCCUGUUCCGGUGCGCUGCUCGGAGGAGCGUCUCACAGACUCUGGCAUGUUCUUGCUGGAGAACGGCCACUCCAUGUUCCUGUGGCUGGAUCAACUCAACAAGUUGAACCUUUAA